ACCAUUGGUUCGUUAGCGAUGGGAUGGCUGGCGACUUUCAACAUAAUAACGCUGAUAAAAUGCUCCCAGUCUAUGAGUAAACGACUUAAUAUCCCAUCACUUGAUUACGUCGAUUUGUUUGGGUACUCGGUGUCUAUAGGGCCGAAGUUUACACGGAAUUUCGUUAGCGAAUCAAAGACAAUAAUAGCAGUGACACUGACUAUAGCCAAUAUAGGCUAUUGUGUUGUCUACGUUUCCAUGGCUGCCGCUUAUUUGGAGCAGCUGAUGCAGGUGUACAUAGAUGGCCAUAUGUUUCUCCGUCCCUAUGUCCUGGUAUUCUGUGUGGCGUUACUGCCGAUCACCUUAAUUACUACGUUAUCAGUUCUUGCUCCAUUUUCUGCACUUGGCAACAUUCUUAACUUCGUCAAUCUCGCAAUUAUAUUUCAAUACAUCUGCAGGGAUUUACCGAGCAUCAAAUCCCGUCCAUCGUUUACUGGGAUGUCUGAGGAUCGUGGUACAAUGCUAUUAGCCAUUUCAAAUCUCAUGUAUUCCUACGAGGGUAUAGGAUCGGUCCUACCUAUUGAGAACAGGAUGAUUGAAAAAGAGAGUUACGGGGGUUGGAAUGGACUCGCUAGUCUUGCGAUGACCAUCUCUAUUAGUCUAUACACAGGUUUUGGUUUCUUCGGCUUUCUCAAGUAUGGUGAAGAGACACAGCCGUCUAUUCUCUUGAACUUACCUACGGAUGAAGCAUUUUUCAAGGCAAUUAAGGUGUUGAAUAUAUUCAUUCUAUAUACAUCAGUCGGGUUCCAGAUAUUUGUGCCAUCCAAAGUUAUCUGGCAAGGCAUUGUAAGGAGAAUUACAUCCGGGACAUUAAUCAAAUAUGGAGAAUAUUUAUUGAGAUUCAUCCUAUUGCUUUUCAUCACACUGUUUACGAUGGCUGUCCCCAAUAUGGACCUGGUCCGACCUCUGGUAGGCGCAAUGUGUGGCAGCUCUUUAGCCUUUGUCUUUCCACCAUUAAUGACGGCCUUUAUUCUAUGGAAUCCUGACGAUGUGGAAGAACAAUCAAAGUGGAAAUGGUUCAAGCAUAAACUGACAAUCUUAUUUUAUAUGGUAUUGUCUCUAAUGGGUGUUUGUAUCACCAUAUUUGGUACAGUGGAUGCGAUAACACGGAUAAUAUAUCGAUAUGCAUAAUAUCCCGAAAUUGGAUUGGCUUUUUUUUACUGUUUGCAGUAUUACGUUUAUUGAAUACAUAUAUAUGAGAGAGAUUGGCGAGACUAUGAUAAGAUUUUUUUUUCUUUUCUUUUUUCUUAAUUUGACCGAGUGUCUGGCGAUGUUCAAAUUCUAUAUACAAAAUUGGAACUAAUGUAAGAUUACAUUUAACCAAGAUAUUUUUGUAGAUACUAAUAUUUGUCAUACUGACAUGAUAUUUAAAAUAGAUCUAUUCUCACUUCAUUUUUUCUUCUCGUCAUGUGACGCCAACAUGUUAUUACGUCGUAGUUCGGAAUGUAUCUCGAAUACCCAAUACCCAAUACCCUUCCAAUUUGGUUUAUACAUAUACAUUCAUUAGAGGUCUACGAAUACAUAUAUUAAUUCAACCAUGUUUUCGACUUUCAACUGAACUUUAAAGCCUUUAGUGUAAGUUAUUCGAAGUCAAUAUGUAAACAAGCCGCGCCGUUCGAAUUCGAACUCAUCAGGGGUCAAAAUUUUCAACUUUUUUUUGUAUCAGCUCAUUUUGUGUAUCAAAAUACAUGAAAUAGAUGUGCAAUCAUAGAACACUUUGAAAAUGGCAUUUACAGAUGUAGUUUGAAUUGAUUUUGAAUUUGAAGGCAAAUUAUCAAGAAAGCAGAAAACAAUGGUAUGAUUUGUGUCUGCGCAAAUGAUGCGCCUACUAUGUCUAUGUCAAUGUUACUGGUAUUGGAUUACCUGAUCAAGCAAUCUUUGCGUAUCUGUAUAUUACAAAAUCAUUUAUCAGCCUGAAAUCCAAGUCUGUCAAGGUGAAGUUAAUUUGGUGUAUUUACUAUAUUGAUCAAAUAUGAACCUUUGAUUAGGUCCAUAUGGUGUUAUACUAACCUGGUAGAAUCAAUAUUGGCAGGGCGAAGUAUCACAGAAGAGUCCUAGAAAAACGACACAGUUGUAUAAUGUAUUUUCAUAUCGAUGAAUAGGCAUGUAAUUAUUCACUUGUUUUGUACAAUGACAUGCAUUGCCAUUGACAUAUCUAUAUUAAUAACAUACCACUGGUCAACUGGGGAGAGAAUUUCAAGUCCCCUCCUUAAUUCAGAUGAGUAAAUCAGCACAAAAUAUGUUAUAUUAGAAUCUUCAUUAAAAAAAAAUCUUCAAAAUAGUGACAUUUUCCAGUAUCAUACCACCAAGUUAAAGACUCACACAGUCAACUCAUUUUAAAAGGAAUCGGGUAUAAAUAUGUAACAUUAGAGUCCUUGGAGGAAGCCUUAUUUGUAGCAUAUAAGUAUAAAACAACGAUUUUUCAGAAAUAUAUUCAUUAACAGAAAUACAUCAGGAUAUUUAUCGGUUGUAUGAGUGUGAAAUUUAUCAA